GUGCUGGAUCUGAACACUGUGACAAUUCACAAACAUGUGGCUCCCUCUGCUGGUGGUAAUAUUUAUACUGAUCCUCGUGUACAGAUGGCACAGACAUAGCUAUAUACUGCAGAAUCUCUCUGAUAAAUAUGUGCUGAUCACUGGAUGCGACACUGGUUUUGGGAACCUACUGGCGAAGCAGUUGGACCAGCGUGGGAUGCGGGUGCUGGCAGCUUGUCUGACAGAUAAAGGGGCUGAGGAUCUGAAGAAGGAGACAUCUAGCAGACUGCAGACAGCAAUCCUUGAUGUUACUAAUAUCCAGAAUGUGAGCUCUGUUGCCAAGUGGGUGGCUGGUAUUGUCAAUGAAAAAGGACUCUGGGGACUGGUUAAUAAUGCCGGUAUUUCCAUCCCAAUUGCACCCAAUGAAUGGCUGACUAAGGAAGAUUUUUUUAGGAUAUUGAAUGUGAAUUUGUUGGGAACUGUUGAUGUUACACUCAAGAUGUUGCCUUUAAUCAGGAAAGCCAGAGGACGUGUAGUCAAUGUAGCAAGCAUUUGUGGAAGAAUAAGCAUCUGUGGUGGAGGUUAUUGCUUGUCUAAAUAUGCAGUGGAAUCAUUUUCUGACAGCAUCCGACGUGAUAUGAUGCCAUUUGGAGUGAAGAUCAGCAUUGUGGAACCUGGAUUCUUCAAAACAAGGGUCGCUGAUGCCAGUUUGCAAAAAGAGGCUUUAACCAACAUCUGGGCAAAAGCUACAGAAGAAGUCCGCAGGACUUAUGGGCAGAAUUACUAUGACAAAUAUUGCAGUACUGUUGAACAGAGUUUAGAAAAAUGCAGCCCAAAUCUUUUCUUGGUCACCGAUUGCAUUGAGCACGCAUUGACGGCUGUGUACCCCAAAACCCGGUACUCUGCUGGAUGGGAUGCUAAACUUUUUUUCAUACCUUUAUCAUAUUUACCUACUUCGUGGGUUGAUUUUCUUAUUUCAUUGAGACAAACGAAACCUGCAGAGAUUGGUGCAAUUAGCAAAGGACAUUAGUAACAUUUCCCUCUUAUUACAUAACCUGCUAGAUUAAUAAUUUCAAACAAGAGAAAUCUCAAUGUAUCCAUCCUGGUGAAAUAUUUUACAAAUAAAUAACCAUAGGGCAAGAGUCUCAAUCUUCACUGCACUUCAUUAUGUCAAGCCCUAUAAAUUUUGUUGGUGCUAUUUAAAUAAAUUAUAAUAAACUUACUCUUGUAAGAAUACAUGUAAAAUUAACAAUCAGUAAUAGGUAUACUUUUUGAAGUUCAGCUUUUUAAUAUUUUAUUAAUUUUGGAAUAUUUUAACUGCCUGCACUAAUUUCUUCUAUCUCCUAAAUUCCCUAAUGUACAGUUAUUAAUUUUGUUUGUAGUCCGUGAUUAAAUAAAAGGUUUUUGACAAUUAA